AUGGUCGAUCGAAGUGCUGCAGAACCGGUGGCCAUCAUCGGCAACAGCUGUCGGUUUCCCGGCGGCUCGACCUCGCCGAGCAAAUUAUGGACGCUGUUGCGCGAUCCCGUUGAUGUGUUGACCGAUAUCCCAUCAAGUCGGUUUGAGCCUGCGGGCUUCUAUCACCAGAAUGCCGAGCAUCCAGGAACAACAAACGUCACAAAAGCCUAUUUACUAGAAGAGGACCCCUGGGCCUUCGACAACGAAUUCUUCGCCAUCAGCGCCAUAGAAGCCGUAUCCAUGGAUCCCCAACAGCGCGUGAUUCUAGAAACCAUCUACGAAGCCGUAGAAGCGGCCGGGUGCUCCAUCUCCGCCCUGCGCGGUUCGUCGACCGGCGUGUUUGUCGGUCAGAUGUCUGAUGAUUAUCAACAACUCGUGCUACGAGAUUUAGAUUCUCAUCCCCAGUAUUCCGGGACUGGAAUCUCGAGGUGUAUUCUGGCCAAUCGAGUUUCGUAUGCUUUUGACUGGAGGGGUCCUUCGAUUAAUGUCGAUACGGCGUGUUCGUCUAGUCUCGUGGCGCUGCAUCUUGCGGUUCAGUCGGUGAGGAGUGGUGAGUGCGAUAUGGCUGUAGUGGCAGGAGUAAAUCUUGUUUUCUCGCCGGAGGUUUUCACUUUUUUAUCGAGUCUCAGGAUGCUUUCCUCUGACGGGAGGUCCCGGAUGUGGGACGCUGAUGCUAACGGUUAUGCCCGUGGUGAAGGAUUCGCGGCUGUUGUUAUUAAGUCUCUAGAUAAGGCGUUAGCUGAUGGUGAUGAUGUGGAGAGUGUAAUACGGAAUACGGGUGUUAAUCAAGACGGUUACUCGGGAGGUCUGACGGUACCGAGCACGACUGCUCAGGCGGAGCUUAUACGAUCAACGUAUACGAAAUGUGGGCUUGACUAUCGGAAAGAGGAAGAUAGGUGUCAAUACUUCGAGGCACACGGAACUGGUACACCAGUAGGCGACCCCAAAGAAGCAGAAGCCAUCAGCUCAACCUUCUUCCCCACCCACGACCGACAAGGCAAACUCCACGUCGGCUCAAUAAAAACCGUAGUAGGCCACAUGGAAGGUACAGCCGGACUCGGCAGUCUCCUCAAAGCCUCGUUAGCCGUACAACACGGUUUCAUCCCACCAAACCUACACUUUAAUCGCCUAAACCCAGCUAUAGAACCCUUUUACGACCAUUUAGAAGUACCAACUAGGUUAGAGCCUUGGCCGGACCUACCUGCAGGAGCGCCUAGACGGGCUAGUAUAAAUAGUUUCGGAUUCGGAGGUGCCAACGCCCACGCUAUCAUCGAGAGCUGGGAUGAACCAACCCCUCCUUCUUCUUCAUCAUCACCAUGCUGGGGACCCUUCGUCCUAUCUGCACACUCCGAAACAGCCCUCGAAGCAACCAUCUCCUCUCUUUCCACACAUCUCAAAGACCAUCCCGACACCAACCUGUCAAGUCUAGCAUGGACCCUCCAAACCCGACGAACGCACUUCACCCACCGCGCCUCCUUUACCGCCACCAGCACAGAAUCCCUCAUCUCGACCCUCGACUCUGCACUCCAGGACAAAGACCUCAUCCCCCUCUCCACCAAAGCAACCAAAACCCCCCACCCCCGCAUCCUAGGCGUAUUCACCGGCCAAGGCGCGCAAUGGCCCACCAUGGGCGCCUCUCUCUUCCACCACUCCACCACAUUCAGAACCACAAUCCAGACCCUCGAAUCCGUACUCUCCUCGCUCCCAAAGCAAGACGCCCCCUCCUGGUCCCUAUCAGAAGAACUCCUCCUCCCCAACAACCCCGCCCGCACCUCCUCAGCCACGAUCUCCCAACCGCUCUGCACCGCCCUGCAAAUCGCACUCGUUGACCUGCUUCGCGAAAGCGGCAUAACAUUCACCUCCGUCGUCGGCCACUCAUCCGGCGAGAUCGCCGCUGCCUACAGCGCCGGUAUCCUCUCCCCCCGCGACGCCAUCCUAAUCGCCUACUAUCGCGGGUACCACUCUCCAUCCAACUCCUCCAAAGGGAAAAUGAUGGCCGUAGGCAUGUCGCCGUCCGACGGCGAUGAUUUCUGCGCUCAGCCGCGAUUCCGCGGCCGCAUCGUCGUCGCGGCCAAGAAUUCGCGGUCCAGUAUCACGUUAUCGGGCGACGCGGACGCGAUCGCGGAAGCGAAGACGAUGUUGGAUGAAGCGGCGGUGUUUGCGCGGGAGUUGAAGGUUGAUAAUGCGUAUCAUUCGCAUCACAUGGAGCGUGUUCGGGAACCGUAUCUCGCGUCGCUGAAAGCUGCUAAUGUGCAGCCGAGACGGAAUUGUUUCGGAGGGAAGUGUAAUUGGUAUUCCAGCGUGCACGAUAACAAGAGUUUGAGCGAGCAUAUUCCGUUCGAGGAUAUGUAUUGGGCGGAAAACAUCACGAACCCGGUAUUAUUCUCGCACGCCGUAAAUUCAGCCUUAGAAAACGAAACUUUUGACAUCGUUCUCGAAAUCGGUCCUCAUCCUGCCCUCCGCGGUCCAGCUACGGAGUCCAUCCAGGAAGUUCUCGGCCACAGCCUCCCAUAUCACGGCGUAUUGGAGCGAAACAAAGAUGCCGUAGAAAUAUUCUCCUCCGCACUAGGCUUCCUAUGGAAAACGCUCGACUUCCCACUCCCCUCGUUCAGCGGCUUCCAAAAAGCCUGCCAAGGACCCUCCUUCACACCUCCCCGCGUGCAGAAAAAUCUCCCUACAUACCCCUGGGACCACAGCAAACCCAUGCUGAAAGAAUCAAAAGUUUCCAAGGCCUGGCGAACGCGCACCACGCCUCACGAUGAGUUACUCGGGUACCCGAACCUCAACUCCAGCCCUGCUAACCGAGAAGUCCGCUGGCGGAACAUCCUGCGUCUAAACGAGGUAGAGUGGCUACAGGGCCAUAAAUUCCAAUCCCAGGUCUUGCUCCCUGCUGCUGGAUACCUGGCUAUGGCCGUCAAUGCUGCGUUGCAUCUCGUGGGAUAUGAGCAGGCUGUGCAAUUAGUAGAGCUCCAGGACGUUGUGAUUCAUAAUGGUGUUACGCUGGAAGAAGAUUCCCCUGGCGUCGAUAUCAAUUUCUGCAUCCGGGUCAUAUCCGAGACUUCUGACAGUAAAACGGCGGAGUUCUCCUGCCACUGCAGUAACGUCGACGCUGCAUCCGCGGAUUUCGAUAAAGAGGUCUUCACUGGACGCGUCCUUGUGAAAUUGGGCGGGCCGGCUGAAGAUACUUUGCCAGCGAGGAAUGAGCGGAAACUUCCGCUAACGGAUGUCACGACGGAGCGCUUCUAUACUUGGAUGCAGAAACUCGGACUAAGCUAUGCGGAGCCCUUUGUUCUGGAGUCUAUUAAAAGGAGGUUGAAUCUCGCGACCGUGACGGCGGUAAGGACUGUGACGGAUAGGUACACGAUUCAUCCGGGGACGCUGGACAGUAUUCUGCAUAGUUUGUAUAACGCGUUUGCGUAUCCUGGAGAUGGACGGUUAUGGACUACUUACCUGCCGAAGAGCUUUCAGAGCGUUCGAUUCAACAUGAAUUCGAAGAAUCGUUCAAGUUCGCGAUUAGUGGCUGACUGUUACCUCACUGAGGCAUCGGCGAGGAUAAUUUGUGGCGAUAUCGACGUCUUCAAUUCCGAGGACGGACAUGCGGAAAUCCAGGCUCAAGGCGUGGUUUUAUCUUCACUUGAAGUCCCCACUGCUGCGAACGAUCAGAGUAUGUUCUGGGAGACGAUAUGGAAGAAAGAUAUCGUAUCUUCGCUCGAGUCGACUGGAGAAGAAAACCUGCGAACUGGAGAUCGGAAAUUGCAUGAGAUAUGCGAACGGACUGCGUAUUUCUAUCUCAAUCAACUUUGCAGAGAGGUGAAGCCAGCAGAGAUAGAGUCCAUGGAAACGCAUUUCCAGUGUCUUAUGCGCUGGGGUCUGGACUACGUGCUUCCAGCGAACAAGAAGCGCAAUUGGGGAACUGAUACACUCGAAUCGAUACUCCAACUCAAAGAACAGCAAUACGACAGCCAAAUCGACCUCGAACUCAUACACCACCUCGGCUCAAGACUUCCAUCCCUAGUGCGAAAUUCAGACACCACAUUCGAGGUUCUCGAAGAAGAUGGCAGACUACAAGACCUGUACACUUCAGGUCUAGGCGUCCCCGAGACAAACGGCCAUCUAGGAACUCUCCUAGACCACCUCUCACAUCAACAUCCCCGACUGCGAGUCCUAGAAAUCGGUGCCGGCACCGGUGGAUCCACAGCCGUGGCUUUGGAGAGCUUGGAUUCCAAGCUUGAGGAUUAUACUUUCACUGACCUCUCACCCUCGUUCUUCCCGGCGGCUCAAGCGAGAUUUGCUGAACAUAAGAAAGUGAUGAAUUUCCAGGUUUUGGAUAUCGAGAAAUCGCCUGUUGAUCAGGAGUUCCAGGAACAUUCGUAUGACGUAAUCAUCGCUGCGCAUGUCUUACAUGCAACGACGACGAUCGCUCAAACUGUGCAGCAUUGCCGGCAAUUGCUGCGUCCGGGUGGUUAUUUGAUCAUGCUUGAACUCAUCAACCCAUCAACGCUCCGAAUUCCAUUCCUAUUCUCCGGCCUCCCAGGAUGGUGGCUCGGACACGAAGAUGGACGACUUCAGGGCCCGACGUUGACAGAAGCACAAUGGGACGUUGUUCUGCGGGAUAAUGACUUCUCGGGAGUAGAUUGUGCGCUGAGAGACUUCCAAGAUGAUACCAUGCACACCUUCUCCGUCAUGGUCAGCCAAGCAGUCGAUGAUCGGAUCAGUAUCUUGAGAGAUCCCCUCACUCUGGCCGACGGUGUGGCACGAAUAGAGCACUUACUCAUCAUCGGCGGACGAACAUUGACAGUUUCGAAGAUGGCGAAACAGGUAGGGUAUCUUUUAUGUCCAUUCGUAGACCAUACGACCAUCAUCAACGACCUAGAGGAAGUCGCCGAUUUGAAGUACGGGAGUGCAGUAAUUUGCCUCUCUGGACUCGAAGAGGCGACUUUUGCUAGAAUGGAUGCGCAGCGUCUUGCUGCCAUGCAGGCAUUAUUUGGACAAGCGAAAUGCAUUCUCUGGACCACUCGAGGUUGUCGAGACGAUGACCCAUAUGCUAAUAUCGUCACCGGAAUUGGCCGCACAGUUGCGCGAGAAAUGGAGCACCUCCGGCUAAAACUUGUCGAUGUCGAUCACGUGCGCCUUCAAAAGCACCAACCGGAAGCGACGAUGUUUUCCGAGAUGCUGUUACAGAUGAUGUGCCUCGAUCUGCCAAGCUACGACGGUAUUCUAUGGGGCAAUGAGCUGGAGGUUGCGGUCGAGUAUGGAGCUGUUCUUAUCCCGAGAGUUGUGCCGAAUAAGGACAUAAAUGAUCGCUUCAAUUCUGCGAGGCGUAGAAUCACGAAGAGUGUCUCGCCUGGCUCGACUGCGAUUGAGAUCUCCGCUGGAGAUGACGGUGUCUUCUUUGGGGAAAAGAAAAGCGAUUCCAGAGGACAGGCAAAAGCAGGUUCGAGUCAGUUUCGAGUUCGUUCAUCCUCCCUGUUCAGCUUUACUUGCUCAGAUGAUGGGAACCCGUUUUACAUUUGCUUGGGUAGAGAUGCCUCAGCAAAUCAAGACCUCCUGGCCAUUUCAAAAGCAAAUAGCUCAAUCAUCGCCGUGUCUCCAGACUGCACUUUCAGCUGCAACAACGACGUAGGUGCCGAUGACGUACUAUCCACCAUUUUGACAGCCCUAAUGUGCGAAAGUCUGCUGUCGAAUAGCACUGGAACGGUCUGGAUCCAUGAUGCUGACGACGGACUUGCUGAAAUAAUACAUAAGAUGGCCUCUGAAAAGGAAGUUUCCGUGUUCUUCACCACGAGCAACGCCGCAUCGGAUGCGAAAGCAACUUAUCUUCAUCCACGGGCCUCGGAGCGCGAACGAAGGUCUCUGAUUCCUCGCAACGUUAAGCGGUUCGUGAAUAUGGGAGUAGAUGUCGAUGGUCCUGUGGGACUUCCUGCAUCCUUCGGAGGACAUGGAGUGGACGUACGGCAAGGUAUCCACCAAGUCAGUGUAAAGGAAGUGGUCCUUCUGUCGUACAGCAGAUCCAGCCUUGUCAAGCUGCUCGAGAAAUACUGCUCUCAACCAAAUCUGCUCCAAGAUCUGGGUCAUCCGACGCCCAAGUCUGUCAUCAAAGCUGACCUGAUACAAGAGCACGCAGAAACAGCCACGUCCACAAGCAUCAUAUCCUGGACCGACAUCCAAUCUCUUCAAGUCCAAGUGAUGCCAGCCACCAGCGACCGCCUUUUCGAUGAUCAGAAGACAUAUCUUCUCGUUGGACUUACAGGUAAUGUUGGAUUAUCCCUUUGCGAGUGGAUGAUAGACCACGGAGCUAGAUAUCUCGCCGUCUCCAGUCGAAAUCCAGUUGUCUCUCCAGAGGUGUGCAAACAUUUUGAGAAGAAAGGCGCAACGGUCCGCAUAUUUGCUCUCGAUGUAGCCAAUAUGGAGAAUCUGAAAAGCGUUCAUCAAGAAAUAAUCUCGACCAUGCCGCCAAUUGGAGGAGUUGCGAAUGCUGCCCUCGUGGUCCGCGACCAUCCUUUCGACGGUACGUCUUUCGAAGACCUCGAGGCUGUCUUCAAGCCCAAGGUCAUCGGGACUCAGAAUCUUGAUAAUCUGUUUUACUCUGCCCCGUUGGAAUUCUUCAUCGUCUUCUCGUCGGUGUCAUGCAUCACUGGAAACCCGGCCCAAUCCGCUUACAGUGCUGCCAACAUGUUCAUGUCAACAGUAGCAAUGCAAAGGCGCAAGAGAGGUCUAGCCGCGUCGGUCAUGCAUUUCGGAAUGUUGCUUGGGUUUGGGUUCAUCCAUGAGCAAACAGGAGGAGAAUCUGUCGAAGCUCGAUUUCGCCACGAUGAUUCGAUUCCCAUUCCAGAGCCAGACUUUCACGCAAUAUUCGCCCAAACAAUUCUUUCCGGUCGUCCAGAGUCUGGAUUGAAUCAUGAACUUAUUUCUGGGCUUGGCACCGAGCUUGAUACCGCUUGGCGAGCCAUACCUCGAUUAAGCCACUGCCGUGUCAAAGACGAGGAAAGACUCACAGAAGGCAAGCAUAAUCAGGAGCAAUCGAGUCAGAGCACUCAAGACCAGCUCAAAGCGGCUUCUGACAGCAAAGAAGCGCUUUCUAUCUUGAAGGUAGCAAUUGCUAGCAGAGUGAGCUUAGCACUCGGUUCUCCUGGUGAAGGUGUGGACACAGAUGUCGGAUUGAUCAAUCUGGGAAUCGACUCGCUAGUUGCUGUUGGAAUCCGCUCCUGGCUGCUAAAGAUCCUGGAGGUUGAUAUUCCGGUAUUGAAGUUCUUGAGUGGUUCGUCCUUGGACGAUAUUUGCCAUGAUGCGCUAAGCAAGUUGCCGGAUUCGUCGAAGCCAUGGGCCGAAGAAAAGAGCGACGAUCAAAAGCUACUAAAUGGUGAAGUCAAUGGCACGAGUUCCAAGUCCUCUGCGCAAGUGCUCCAGAAUGAGCAUAUGACAAAUGGUGCAGGUAAUCAUGCAGUCCCUCGCUCCGGAGUCGCGAAUAGAUCAUCCCACGAAAGUAACGGAAAUGGCCACCAUGCAGAGAAGAUCGAGUACGAAAGAGCUGGUGAUAUGUCCCACGCCCAAGCUCAGCUGUACUUCCUACACGAAUACCUCCAAAAUAAUGCGUAUAACAUUGCUUACUCUGGUUUGUUUCACGGUCGGCUCGACAUGAAAACACUACAGAACGCUCUGUUUGCGGUCGGGAAGAGACACGAGGCUCUAAGAAGCGCGUAUUUCAUAGACAUGUCCACGUCACAACCUUUACAAGCUGUACUUCCUGGGCCUCGUAUCAUUCUAGAACAGCGACAAAUCUUUGACGAUAGCGAAGUGAAUGCUGAGAUAGACGCUGUCAAAGACUUCCGAUUCGACAUUGAGAAAGGCGUUGUCAUGAAGAUGACGGUCUUGUCUCGUUCACCGUCGCUCCAUUCCAUCAUUUUCAACCAUCACCAUAUUGCUCUCGAUGGAAUUGGUUGGAGCGUGUUCAUUGCCGACCUCGCAAAGGCAUACUCGGGACGCCUCAGUAGCAUGCCAGCAACUCCUCAUGUCCAGCAAUCCAUUGAAUUGGCGAAGAAGCAGUUGAAAGCAUUCACACCCCAGAAUCUUCAGGGUGAUCUUGCGUUCUGGAAGAACGUUUACAAAACCAUACCUGAGCCGCUUCCCCUGUUUGCAUUCUCUAAGGUCAAGACUCAUCCGACUGUUCAGAAUUACAAUAUUAACACUGCCGGUGUUAAGCUCUCAAGCGACAUGACGAAACUCAUCGAUAUGGCAGCUGCGAAGAUCGGCGUCACCUCGUUCCACUUCUUCCUUGCGAGCUUUGCAACAUUUCUCGCGCGUUGUCUCAGCAUUGAUGACAUCGCUAUCGGAGUUGUGGACGCAAACAGGACCGAGGACGAGGAUAUGGGAACCAUUGGGUACUUCCUCAAUAUGCUACCAGUCCGGAUCCAAAUGGAGCAUUCCGAACCGUUUCAAGCGGUAGCCAAGAGGACUCGGGAUGCGGCCUCGAAAGCCUUAGCCCACUCGCAAGCGCCUCUGGACAUGGUACUUGGAUCCGAUGGUUUAGACAUUCUAAGGUCAACCAGCCGUCAUCCCUUAUUCCAAGCCGCCAUCAAUUACCGCAAAGCCCCUCUAAAUGAGACCAGUUUCGGGAGAGACGGCAGGAUCGAGUGGGAUGGUGCUGUGCCUGGAGGACACCCGUACGAUAUGCUCCUCAAUGUGGCUUCAACAUCGGAAUGGACUUUCGUAUCUCUCAUCACGCAGCAGAGUUUGUAUGAGGAAUCUGAUGGCGCACUCCUCUUGAAGUGGUAUACACGUGCCUUGGAAGGUCUGGCUCGAGAUGUUUGCACUGAAGUUGGCAGAUGUCCGAUUUCUAACGUGACCGACAUUCAGGAAGCCUUAGAGCUUGGCCGCGGCACCGACAUGAAAAUACCAUGGGCACAGAACGGCACUUUGACAGGCCGCGUCGAUGAAAUAGCGGCUCAGCUGCCGAAAGGCAUCGCGAUCAGAGACGAGCAAAGCCGAACCCUCACAUACACGCAAAUGAGAGCCCGCAUGAUGCAAAUCGCGCAACAGCUACAGACUAUUGAACCUGCACUCCCUCCUGGCUCGUAUGUAGCUAUGCUUCUUGAUCCUGUCGCUGACGCUGUUUGUUGUAUUCUUGCUAUCCUACGCCUGGGUUUUGUGUGGAUUCCUUUGGAUACACGAAACCACCCCCAACGCCUUCGCGCGGUGGUCGAGGAGAGUCAACCACGAGUCUUGGUCUGCCAUGAUGCAACGAAAGAGCUGGCGCAGCAAAUAUCUGCAGAGGCGGAUUUCACAUCGAUCUUAAGUAUUGACGAUGCUGACGAGGAUACGAGCAAGAUUUUUAUGCCGCAGGAUAUCAUCAAGGAUAUCAGCCAUCGGAGUCGUCAACCAGCUAUGAUCCUGUACACGAGCGGAACCAGUGGUGUGCCGAAGGGUGUCAUGCUCACGCAUGGAGCCCUUGUGAACCAAAUUUAUGGAACGAUAGCGACUCUCCGACUUGGACGCGAGACAACACUGCAGCAGAGUCCGCUGGGCUUCGACCUUAUGUUAGACCAGAUAUUUCUCGCGCUAUGCAACGGCGGCACGAUCGUCAUGGUCGGUAAAGGUGCUCGAGGUGAUCCAACGCAAAUGGCCAAUCUCAUGGUCAAGUACUGUGUUACUUUAACGCAUUUCGUGCCGUCCGAGUAUUCGUUACUGCUUAACUACGGACACCACAUCCUGACAGGAACGGACUCAUGGCGCUUCGCGAUGUCAGGAGGAGAGAAGCUGGGUUGGAAACUGCGCAGAGCCUUCCGCAAGCUGGACUGUGAUUCUCUGAAGCUGGUCAAUGUGUAUGGGCCAGCGGAGAUCACGCUCGCUUGUGCUAGAGGAGUUGUCCCAUAUCGUGAGUUGAGUGAAGAGCACGACAGUAGCACCGACUACCUUCGUCCGUCGCCAAAUUAUGGCCUUGAAAUUGUUGACGAUGAUAUGAGCAUCCUACCGAUCGGCUUUCCAGGCGAAAUCUGUAUCUCGGGACAGGGCGUUGGUCUUGGAUAUCUCAAUCGACCUGAAGACUCAGGACGGAAGUUUACUCAAAGAAAAAGACUCGGAUCGUGCGUCGCACCACGCAGGAUUUAUCGAUCAGCCGACAAGGGAAGGAUCUUAUCGGAUGGCACACUUCAAGUUCUGGGACGACUGGACGGAGAUAGCCAGGUCAAGAUUCACGGUGUCCGCGUUGAGCUUGACGAGAUCGCCAAUGCCAUUGUGGACAUGUCUAAUGGGGUAAUCGUGAACGCUGUUGCUUCCUUGAGAUCCGACCAGCCCUCGGACGUCCUUGUUGCUUUCGUCGUAUUCGAUGUCGAAUUCACCGAGGACAAGUCGGACUUCCUAGAAUGGCUUCGCUCGGAUCUUCCCCUUCCACCGUUCAUGAAACCGACAUUCAUAGUACCGAUAGAUCGCAUCCCAGCCACUGCCAACGGAAAGAUUGAUAGGGAUGCUGUAGACGGACUACCGAUAUCCGAGUCCGUGACGGCGACAGAUACUGUCACGCAAAAGCUGAGCCCCUUGGAGGAACAGAUGAGAGACGUCUGGGAAGAAGUCCUCUCCACUCGGACACUUCAUAUCUCUGGUAAAGCGACCGUUCAAUCCAGCACGGAUUUCUUCCAAGUUGGAGGUAGUUCGAUCUUGGUAAUCAAGUUGAAAUCACUCAUCGAGGUCCAAUUUGGUGUAACGCUUUAUCUGCCGCAGUUCUUCCAAGCUAGCACUUUGAGUGAGAUGGCCGCUCUAGUUGGAGAUGCUAUGGAUACCACCCAGAAAAAUCCUUUGAUGACAUCCCUUUCGGGAUCCAGAGGCACUCAGUUGACAAUGAACUGGGAUCUUGAGAUUGCAAGCAUGCUCGAUGGACUUCCUCAACCGAAGACUAUGUCCUCAUCAUCGGCCCAAUUGCUCACAAAUGGACAUACUCGUCUUGAAGUCGUCUUAACGGGCGCCACUGGAUUCAUCGGACGACACCUGCUAUCGCAACUCAUCCAGGACCCGAGAGUGGCAUAUGUGCAUUGUAUAGCAAUUCGUCCCGAUGCCUGCGGAAAACCUCGCCACCUGUCGAUGAAGAGCGACAAAAUUAUCGAGUAUACCGGAGACCUCUGGAGCCUCAACCUUGGUCUCUCAGACCCCCAAUUCACAUCCCUGGCUGAACAUGCCGAUGUCAUUAUCCACAACGGUGCGGACGUGUCUUUGCUGAAGACAUACCAGUCCCUUCGCCGCGCGAACGUUGUCUCUACACGUACACUCUGCGAGAUGGCCAUCCCACGCUGUGUGCCCUUGCACUUUGUAUCUACCGCAUCCGUUGCCAAAGCUCUCCAUCACGGCGAAGAGAAGCCGCUCCUAGAAGUACCAGCGUCGCCCGCUGUUCCAGAACUACUGAACUCAAUCGACGGCUAUGCAUCCUCGAAAUGGGCCAGCGAGACACUUCUGGAGAAGGCAGCAGCUGACAACGGACUGUCUGCGUACGUCCAUCGAUUGGCACACGUCGUGGGCGACGACGCAUCCGAGCUUGAUGCUGUUGGUAUGCUUAUAAAGUAUUCGCUACUCCUUGGCGGGUAUCCGCGAUUCGAUGAGGAAAAUGUUGUAGGGAAGUGGGACUUCGUCAGGGUUGAGGACGUAGCGAAGGAUCUAGUGGGGUCAGCAAUCGAAUCUACCAGCAUUGGCAGAAAACGAACACAACAAAAUCCGAGCGCCACUUUCGUCCAUCAUUGCGUUGAUGCGAAAGUUUCCCAUGAAGAUUUCGGGAAGUAUCUCGAAGACAUGGCCGGAGCGCCAUUGCGAGAGAUUGGUAUGGAGGAAUGGCUGACGACAGCGCGUGAGAAGGACAUCCAUCCGCUCGUGCUGGAGUUCUUUGGCGCAUUCCAUGUAGGGGAACGCAAGAUGGUAUUGCCUAUUAUUGCGAAAGGCGUAUGACUUUCAAGAGAAGGAACAAUUGAAGAGACGGGACAAUGGACGGGGCUUUUCCAGCUGUUACGAUACGAAGAGUGGGGUAGAGAGCCACUGUACGAUAUAUAGACCCUCGGUGGUAGCGCAGAAGGAUCCAAGUGCCGCUGAAUUGGUCCUUGAUGCUCUGACGCGACUAAUUCAUUUCACAGAAGUGAAACUCGGCGAUGUAGGAAUAAGGUUGGUUUAGCGUGACGCUAACGAAUCACAUGACAUUAACGCCUCUUGAAGCGGUGUACUUUAUAUAGCAUAAAGCAUAGAAUAUUUAGUGGGAGGGCAUUAUUGGCGUUUCAGAGGCGGUAGCAUUUCGUUGUAUUAUAGCUAUCUUGUCAUCAUAUCAUCUGAGCGGUUAUUUAGCGGAAUUUAUUCUAACAUAGAUGAAAGUAAUAAAUGAUCUAC